GAUACCAGUAAUAAAUUUAAUUAUUAGUAUACUAUAGAAGUAAUUCAAUAUGUCUGCCUAUAAACAAGCUGGAAUCUCCUUAAAUAAGGCACUCUCUAUUGCUGCCAGAACUGUUAGAGCCUCAUUAAAGCCAGAAGCUAAAGCAGCUGCUGAAAGAAGAGGAUUUACUGAAGUUAAAGCUAUAAAGAUUGAAAAUGGUGUUCAAAGUGAACCAAGACCUUUAAGUGGUUAAUUCAUAUGAAAUAUGAUUUACAAUGAUUAAUUAUGGUUAAUUCAUAUGAAAUAUGAUUCAUUCAUAUGAAAUUCGAUUCAUUCAUUCAUACAGUCCAAUUCACUAACUUAAUGAAAAAU